UGUAGAAAGACACAAGUCUUACCCUAGUUUCACAACAGUCUCUAUCUUUCUCUGUUAAUCUGGGAAGACUUUUGAUUCCCAAGAGGAAAAAAAAAAAAAAAAAAAACUAAAAGUGAAGUUUAGUCUUUUCUUCUUGCCGUGAGCAGUUUUAAUGGCGGGUUACAAAGCAGAUGAUGAUUACGAUUACCUUUUCAAGGUGGUUCUGAUCGGUGAUUCGGGCGUUGGAAAGUCCAAUCUGCUCUCUCGUUUCACCAGGAACGAGUUUAGCCUCGAGUCCAAGUCCACGAUCGGCGUCGAGUUCGCCACUCGUAGCUUGAAUGUUAAGGACAAAGUCAUCAAAGCCCAGAUUUGGGACACUGCUGGUCAAGAAAGGUACCGUGCGAUCACUAGUGCAUACUACCGAGGAGCGGUUGGGGCGCUUCUUGUCUACGACGUUACACGACACUCCACCUUCGAAAACGUUGAGAGGUGGCUUAGGGAACUCCGUGACCACACCGACCCAAACAUAGUCGUGAUGCUUUUGGGAAACAAAUCAGAUCUUCGUCAUCUUAUAGCUGUUCAAACCGAAGAUGCUAAGUCUUUUGCGGAGAAUGAAUCACUCUACUUCAUGGAGACUUCAGCGCUUGAAGCUACUAACGUUGAGAACGCGUUUUCGGAAGUACUCACUCAGAUUCACCAAGUUGUGAGCAAGAAAGCAAUGGAGGCUGGUGACGAUUCAAACUCGGGUAAUGUUUUUAAAGGAGAGAAGAUUGAUCUUGAUGUCUCUGCUGUGAAGAAAACAGGUUGUUGCUCCAACUAAAGACUUGUUAGUCUCUUGCUUAAUUAUUUGAGGGGUUUGGUCUGUGUCCCCAAGCUAAGAUCUUUUUUAUUUUUUACAUUCAAAAUACUUUUGAAGAUGUUUGCUUUAUUUUUAGGAAACAAACUGUGUUAUGCUUUUGAUUUGCUUUGCUUGAAAGUUGCUUAGUUUUGGUCUGAUUAUGUACUG